GCUAUUAAGUUGUUCUUACCACAACUUCAGUCUACACGGCGGCGUUCUUUUCCUUUUCAAGGAUCUGUUCGGCGUGUAAUAAACAUUUAUUUAUAUAUUUGUUGCGUUGGCGACUUUAGCCCCCACCUUCGUUUUCUCCCUUUCUGCACAUCUGUUUGACUCCAUUCUACCUCGCAACGACAGGGUUUCGUAUCUCUACCCUGGUCGCUUCGCCCGCGGAGUCGCAUCACACAGAACCAGGCAAUACAACUCGGUCGACAGAGCAGGACAAUCUACCGCUCUACUUCCUUUUCUCUUGCAGCCGAAAGCACGAUCGACAGGAGCAGAAACCCCGAGAAGGCAAAAAGCAACUAUUAUUGGAGACCCUUACUGCACCAAAUACAAAAAGAAAAUACACGGCAGAAGAAAUGAAGGCGAAAAAGGAAGAGUCGUCUGUGAAGACGGACGCACCGAGGUCAGCCAAGAUGACGCAGGAGACGACGGCAGGCGGCAGUCUGAAGAAGAAGGUUUCAAUGCCACAGGCAAAAAAGAAGCCCCCAACGGUGCCCGUCAGCAAGAGCAGCCCGACGACGCUCAACCCAUCGGCUGGGCGGCACCCUUACUCACUCCCUAGCGGCGUUGACGCGACGGACAAGAACGCGCGCGAGCGUCCGCCGAAACCAGCCAACGCACCGCUGGCACCCACCGCCGGAUGUGACGACGGCGCGUGCAGCGAGCCCUCCUCCGCCAAGUCGAUCCCCACCACAUCCAGUGCGACACCGUCGCUACAGAACUCCACAGCGGCUCUCCUCGCACGCCCCAGUAGCACACGCAAGACGGCCUUCGUUGUCGUCGACCACGGCGUGACGGCUGAGCAGGGCACACGCAGAACAAUGGAGGACCAGCACACGAUGCUGGCCGAGGGCAUCCCCUUCUUUGGGGUCUACGACGGUCAUGGCGGGACGCAGUGCGCCGAGUAUCUGCGCGACCACCUGCACGGCUUUAUCUUCAGCAACCCCGAGCUAAAAACAAACCCACGGAAAGCCAUCGUGGACGGCAUCGUCGAGGCCGACAACGCCUUCUUAGCUCUCUCGGAGAGGGAAACAAAUGAAUCAGGCAGUGUGUGUGCGGUAGCGCUUAUUAUAGACGACAAGCUCGUCGUGGGCAACGUCGGCGACUGCGAGGCCGUGCUCGCACGCGAUGGCAAGCCCGUCGUGCUGACCGUGCGCCACACCAUCGCGAGCAACCCGAGCGAGGAGGAGCGCGUACGCGGCGUGGGUGGGAAAGUCUGCCAUAACCGCGUAGGACACCCCAACUACAACCCCGCAGUGGUCAGUCUCGCCGUUACUCGCGCCAUCGGCGAUGCCGGCUUCAAGCUGGCCCGGUACACGGACGGAAAGGCGUCGGGUGUGAUUGCGGUACCCGACACGACUGUCACGAAGCUGACGGACGACGACGAGUUCCUCGUGAUUGGGUGCGACGGCUUGUGGGAUGUCAUGACGUACGAGGAGGUCGUAGACUUCUGCUACCGCCGCUUUCAGGAGGGCAUGACGGCGCAGUGCAUUGCCGAGGAGCUUGCACAGGCUGCCCUGGCAAAAGGUAGCACCGAUAAUGUGACGGCGAUGUUGGUGCACCUGACGCGGCGUGAGGGCCUGCAGAGCACCCGCGAGUUUGUGCCAGAGGCCGCCGUGUCCACAUCAACGCGCAACCUCUCGGAGGAGCCGUAG